AAGUUAGGACAAUGGUGCUCAGGCUGCUGUUCUUGGCUCUCAACUUCAUCCUCUCAACUCAAGUGACAGAAAACAAGAUUUUGGUGAAGCAGUCGCCCAUGCUUGUGGUGUAUGACAACGAGGUCAACCUUAGCUGCAAGUAUACAUACAACCUCUCUUCAAAGGAGAUCCGCGCAUCCCUGUACAAAGGCGUGGAUAGCGCUGUGGAAGUCUGUGUUGUGAAUGGGAAUUUUUCCCAUCCACUUCAAUUUCACUCUAAUACAGGAUUCGACUGUGAUGGGAAUUUGGACAAUGAGACAGUAACUUUCUACCUCCGGAAUUUGUUUGUGAACCAAACAGAUAUUUACUUCUGCAAAAUUGAGGUCAUGUAUCCUCCUCCUUACCUAGAUGAGAAGAGCAACGGAACCAUUAUCCAUGUGAUAGAGAAGCACCAUCCACAUCGCUGUGCUCUCCUGUGGCCUGAGUCUAAGUCCUUUUGGACAAUGAUAGUGGUUGGAGGAGUCCUGGCUUUCUAUAGUGUGGUAGUAACAGUGGCCUUUUAUUUAUAUUGGAUAAAGAGCAAGAAGACCAGGCUCCUUCAGAGCGACUACAUGAACAUGACCCCUCGGAGGCUCGGGCCCACCCGCAGGCACUACCACCAGCCCUAUGCCCCAGCGCGGGACUUUGCAGCUUAUCGCUCCUGACACAGAGGCCUAUCCAGAAGUCAGCUAGCCGGCACCCCUCCAUCUGCUCAACAUCACUGUUCUGGAUAGGAAAGGAUAGCCUCCUCGGCAGCCGGCCGCUGUUGGGCACUAAGGCCAACUCUUCUUGAACAGCUAAAACAGAGAGCAAUGAUCAUCUUGAGACUCUGACAUGAAGAUUAAAAAAACUUCCUGUGGCGGCUAAAUUUUGCAGUGCCAAAUGUGAAUUCCCAAAUUCACAUUUAUCCUAUAUUUAUUGACUUGAUUGAGAAGUUAGAAUAGAAAAGAAAAAAAAAAUGAGUGGAUUCUGUAGGCCUUGUAAUCUGCUGAGCCCUGUCCCUUUCUCUCAGUCAAGCAGAGCUGAUACCUAAGAACACUUGCACAGAAAUCAUUCCCUUUUGUUAAAUGGGUGUUUGCAGUAAAGGUAGAUUAGAAUGAGGGAGAGUGUAGAAAUACUUCAACAUUUUUAAACACUGUUUCCUACAUAUACAAUAAGCCACUUCUUUCCUAGUGAAUGCCAUCAGUUUUUUUUUUUCUGUCAGUUUAGGGAGAUGUAGGCAUUGUCUUUGAAUAACUCUGGCCAUAUUUAAUAAUUUUGACCAACGGAAUUCCCUCAAAGCAGACCAACUUGCUUUUUUCUCUCCUUCUGAUGGGAACUUAGCAUUGAAGUUCACAACAUGAUUUCAAAAGGAUGAAAUACUCCUCCUCCCACACCACAAAGAAUGUGUCAGGAAAUAAGGUUGCUUUAUACUAAAAAUAGUUGACUGCUAUGAAGGGUUAUUUGUUUAAGAGCUCAUUCCAGUUAAACUAUAUCUGUUUCAGCUUUGCACGGCUGGACUCUUUAUUGUCUGUGUGGAGAUCUGAGGGGGAGGCUGACAGAGCAUCUACAGAAGACAGAUGCAGUGAUGCUGUGGAAAGGGGAUGUUAUCAUUUACUCAUUCAUGAGUUCCAAGAAAUUUCUUCUGAAGGGAGGAGAAUGAAAGGGAGUGAGGCAAUUCUUACCAUGUGCUAAGCAGUGGCUAGUGUUGGUGGAAAUUUUCCAGAAGGUGCCAGAGAGAAAGAUCCUUGGAGAGAACUUCUUUAUAGGGAUUUCAGGCACUCCAGGGUUCAGAGUUACAGAACUCUGUGGGCUCAGCUGCUGUGUGCUCUUGAGGUCCAGUGUUAUGGAAGAAUAUUUUGGAGUGUGUAUUUGGAGACAAUUUAACACUCUCAAGCAUUCAAAUCUUGGUGGGACCUCACUGGAUAUUUUGAUCAGGGAUAUAGCUCAGAAGAAUAAGUGCCUGUCCUGAGCUCAAUCCCUGGUACUGGAAAAAAAAAAUUCUCAAGAGGUUCUUCAAGGCCCAGCUCUUGGAAUGACCAUAGAUAUUUCCCUGCCUCCAAUUUGGGUCAAAUGGAAUAUGCCUGGGGACUUUGGAAAAUGGCUUUUUAUUCACCUUUACAACCUGUUCAGUGCUUUGGUUUAUCCACAUGAUAGAAGAGGCUGGAUUUUAGAGGUAGAUAACUCUAGUUCAAAUCCCAUUACUAGUUGAAUGGCCUCAUGCAGUCACUGCUUAUCCAAGACUGUUUUUUCAACUCUGAAAUGGAGAUUAUGAUCACAAAGGUCUGUUCCUACACUAUAGUCUCCCUAAAGGUAUGACUGUCUUUUUAUUACUUGUCCCUAGCAUCUCAUACAUGUCAAACAUAUAAUGUUAGCUCUUAUUAUUAUUGCCAUAUAAAAUAUGUAUAAAAAUCAAAGGGAAAAAUGACCUAAAAAGGGAUGGAAAUUGUAACAUAUACUUAAACUAGGGCUGGUGAGAUAGCUCGGUAGAUUAAGUGCCUGCU